UAUGAGUAGCAGGCGGAAGAGAAGGCAGCAACAGAGCGGAGAGAGAGAGGGAGCGAGUGAGCAGUGCAAGAUGUCAUAGCGGCACUGCUUUGUAAUCGUGUGUGAAGCUUUCAACGAUGUAUAGUGUACACGUACACUUCGGCGAUGCAAAAGUGGGAAGUGGAAUCGAAUCUUGCUUCCGAGUUUUACUUUCCCUGUAGGCGGAUUAUUAGGCACGGGUCUCUCAUAACAGAGGUCUGUUUUGAUUAGGUCUGCUUUCAAAGAAAUAAUAAUUGAUAAACUUGUAGAGUGGUAUAAAUUUUGUAUAUUUAGCUUGACUAAAACACUAUGGAGUACUGGAGGCAAUGCGCGCUGUGGCUGAUCAAUUGCAAGGUGCUUCCACCGACCCAUCGAGUAACAUGGGAGUCAGCUCAGGUAUUCGACUUAGCACAGACCCUCCGGGAUGGGGUCCUCCUGUGCCAGCUUCUCAACAAUUUGAGACCGCAGUCCAUAAAUUUGAAGGAGAUCAACUUGAGGCCACAGAUGUCACAGUUUCUCUGCUUGAAAAACAUCAGAACAUUCCUUUCUGCUUGCUGCGAGAUAUUUGCCAUGAAAAAGAGUGAACUCUUCGAAGCCUUCGACCUGUUUGAUGUUCGGGAUUUCGGGAAGGUCAUGGACACGCUAUCCAAACUCUCACAUACAAUGAUUGCACAGCAAACUGGAAUAAGGCCAUUUCCAACAGAGGAGAGUAUGGAAGAUGAAGAUAUCUAUAAUCAUUUGGAGGACUUGAUUGAUGAAAACGGAGUGGAGGAUGAGGAGGACCUUUAUGACUGUGUGUAUGAUGACGAUGAAGGAGGAGAGGUCUACGAGGAUCUGAUGAGGCCGGAAGCGGCGCCUCCACCGAAACAGGCUGAGAUGGACAUUCGGAGCUGCUGCCUCGGUGAGAUCAAACAGACGGAGGAGAAAUACACAGAGACGCUGGAGUCCAUAGAGAAGUUUUUCUUGAUUCCCCUGAGGAAAUUCCUAUCAGCAGUGGAAAUAGAGAAAGUAUUUGUUAAUAUUCCGGACCUUGUCAAAGUCCAUAAAAGCCUGAUGGUUGAGGUGCAAGACUCCAUCCUUAACAAGAACGCCCAUAACUUGUACCAGAUAUUCAUCGCGAACAAAGAGAGACUUCUCAUUUAUGGAAAGUACUGCAGCCAAGUGGAAAUAGCCAUAGCAAUUUUGGAUGGUAUCUGUAAAGAGAAAGAGGAUGUGCGAUUGAAGCUGGAGGAAUGUUCAAAGAGAGCAAACAACGGAAAGUUUACAUUAAGAGAUCUUUUGGUUGUACCAAUGCAGAGGGUAUUGAAGUACCACUUGCUCCUUCAGGAAUUAGUCAAACACACUCAUGAUGCAACUGACAAGAGCAAUUUGCGAACGGCACUCGACGCCAUGAAGGACCUGGCUCAGUAUGUCAAUGAAGUGAAGAGGGACAACGAGACCCUGCGUGAGAUUGAACAGUACCAGAAAUCCAUUGAAAACCUGAAUCAGUCGCUCCGUAACUAUGGGAGACCAAAGGGUGAUGGGGAGGUUCGAGUUACUUCUGUGGAUAAACGAGCAAAACAAGACAGGCAUAUCUUUCUGUUCGACGUGGCUGUGAUCGUCUGCAAGAGGCGUGGGGAUAACUACGAGAUGAAGGAGGUUAUCGACCUCCACAACUUCAAAAUCACCAACAACCCGACGACUGAUAAAGAAAAUAAAAAGUGGUCUUAUGGGUUCUACCUCACUCACAACCAGGGGCAGAGCGGCUUCGAGUUCUUCUUCAAAACCAAAGAGCUGAAGAAGAAGUGGCUGGAGCAGUUUGGCAUGGCAAUAUCCAACAUCAGGCCCGAGAACGCCUGCAGCAACUUUCACGAGUUCAGGAUGCACACCUUCGAGCGCAUCACAUCCUGCAGGGCGUGUGAUAUGCUGCUGAGGGGGAUCUUCAAUCAGGGGUACCUGUGCUCCAAGUGUGGGGCGGGGGCACAUAAAGAGUGUCUGGGGAGACUGGGGAGCUGUGGGAAAACCAGCCCGGAUUCCGGCACCCUGAGAUCGCAGAAAAAGGCAGACCACGGAAGACGGCAUGACCCAGGUUUGCCUAAGAUGCUGGCGACUCGUAACUAUCAUGGCGUCCCAAGCCCAGUGUGUGGACCCCCGUUGAACAUUCAGGCUGGGGACAUCAUAGAGUUGAUCUGCGCAGAUCUGCAUAGUUCCUGGUGGCAGGGAAGAAUACAGGCGAAGAGAGAAGUUGGCUUCUUUCCAAGUGAUGCUGUGAAGCCAUGCCCAUGUGUUCCAAAACCAGUGGAUUAUUCAGCACAGCCCUGGUUCGCCGGGCCAAUGGAGAGGCUCCAGGCGGAGGCAGAGCUCAUAAACCGCGGGAACAGCACCUACCUGGUGAGACACAGGAGUAAGGAAUGCACGGAGUACGCCAUCAGUAUAAAGUAUAACAACGAUGUGAAGCACAUCAAGAUCUUAACUAAGGAGAGCUGUUUCUACAUCGCAGAGAAUAAGAAGUUCAGGAGUAUUUUAGAGUUGAUAGAGUACUACAAGCAUCAUUCACUGAAAGAGGGCUUCAGAAGUCUGGACACCACAUUGCAGUUCCCCUACAAGGAACCAGAGAACGCAGCCAUGCACCGAACCAACAGGCCCGGGGGAAACAUGUUCACCCCGAAAGUCAUGGGCAUCGCCAUCGCCCGUUAUGACUUCUGCGCCAGAGACACACGGGAGCUGUCCCUCCAGGAAGGGGAUGUGGUGAAGAUCUACACAACGUCCGGCGCCAACGGAUGGUGGAGGGGGGAGGUUAAUGGCCGGGUGGGCUGGUUCCCCUCCACCUACGUAGAAGAGGGAGAAGAGUGAUGGACACGGGAGGCGGGGACACCCGGAACUCCGCCCUCGCCCCCCCCUCCUGCUGCUCUGCCCUCGAACAACUUUGGGGGGAAAAAAAAAGGAAAAGUGUGAGACAAUGCAAAAGAAAAAAAAAGAAGAAGCAACAACAAAAAAGGAAACGCCCCGGUUGGGCCGCUGGCUUUGCCGCGGCUGGGAAGCGCGGGGAGCUGCGCGCUAGCCCGCGCUGACAGAUUAAUGGCUAGCCUGCAGCUUUAGCGGCGAGAGGCUGCCAGUCUGCCUGUCAGCGGGGACCCGCUCGGAGCCAGACCCUCUGCCUCCCGGAAGAAGCUCACGCAUCCAGACAGCUUCAUUCCCCCUGUCACUCUCCCCGCCUGCCGGCUGCGGCAGCCCUGUCGCUGGUAAAUAUUUAAAUACAUCUCCAUCCCCAGCAAAGAGUCUCCUUGAUGAGUUGGAAUUAGGAAAAAAAAAAAAAAAAAAAAGCCCUUAGCUGUUUCAUUUUAGCCCCGCAAGACGCUUCCUCUGUGCUGACCUUGCCGGUGUCCUACUUACCUGUGUUAUUAUUGAUGACUUCAUCCUCCUCCCUCCCUCGCUCUCAGAGCGAAAGGCUGGGCGGCCAGCACGCUGUCUGCCACCUAAGCCUCUUUUCGGCACGCAUCGCGAUCGCUGCCCCGGACUCUGAAAUGCCCCGAAACGGCACGCGGGCCCGCAGAGAGAACGGGCGGGGAGCGCCGUGUCACGUGACCGGUUGAUUGCUGUCGUGUUCUCCGCCCCUCGUGUUUGGUUCAAUGUAAAGACGUUUACUGUUUUUUCUUUUCUUUUUUUUGCUGUACUUAUCUCAGAAGGCGCGUUGUUUGCUGUCACACGGCGUUUAUCUGAUUUUCAGAUAGCUGCGGUGUCAGCGAACAAGCAAAUACAGCCGCAACGCCGAGCAGCUUGUUGACAGAAAACAAAGGCGAUCGCUCCGUCGCUCUUGUAAACAAUUUGGGCCUGCAACUCGGAGAAGACUGCGGCUUUCCACUCCGAAGGGAUCUCAUUAGAUAUUACAGCCGGCACCUUCCUAAUCCAGUAAUGAGUAGGAUUUGUGCACGUUUGACAAAAUAAUUGCAUUGAACUGAGCAGGUGCAAAACACUGUCAUCGGAAUGAUAAAAAGUAAUAAUUAUCGAGUGGGUUUAAAAACCAGCUCAACGCGGCAAUUUGCGGGAGUUAAAUUUAGUGUUCAGGUGCAUAGUUAGGCUGGUAGAAGAGCAUCUGUCUGUUUUGCUUGUCUGUGUGAAUGGCAGAUUUUGAAAUGGGGUAAAACAGAACUUGACAUGUUAACGGCCAUUAAAUGUGCUGGGUAGGCAGGCAAAGCGGAGAAGAUUUACAUUAGACCUUUCCGUACUGGCUGCAGCCAUGCUAAAGUGGAAGGGAAACCUGAAGCCAUGGACAAAUUUGAACAAAUUCACACACGCAUACGACUGAAUACAAAACAACGUCACACCUGUGUCUCCAAGAAUAAUUUUCUAAAAUUAAUUUACCUUUUUAAUCUUAUGAAUGAGUCUUUUGAGGAUUUUGCAAAUGAAAAUAAAUGCUGACACUGAAAUAAGGGGAAGAUUGACUGUUCCAUUAGCAGUAGCCCCAGGGCGUUAGCAUGCCUGUUGUAUCCGCGGCUAAUCAUGCCAAAUUCAGAAUUAGAAUCCCAGUCACACGUUUCCUGUGGAAGUGCUGCCAACAGGAGCCGGAGUGAGCCCUUUUCCUUUGAGUUACAAUAUGUGACAGGUGCGCGUUGUUUUCUGUUGUUGGAAAACAGUAAGGCGAAGGCAAGCAAAGAGCAGUGCACAAAAGCCGGAUUUAACCCUCAGCGGCUUUGCGGAAACUUUAAAUAUAAUCGCGGCGCUUCGCUCGGGGCCGCUGGGAACGGAAUGCGGCUCGCCCUCGCUUCGGCGCGGUCUCCGCCGCCGUUCGGUUCUGCUGAAGGCCGCGUUCACCGCCCGUCCAGGAUUAAUAACUCCGGAGACAAAGGGUACCGUGGGCCUUCGCGUGAUGCACAACUGCUGUGGCAGAUUAAACAUCAUUCGGAAGCCGCUGCUGUGACAAGCUUGCACACAGGCAACGCUCAGCCGCUGAGGUUUAAUAAAGCGACAGAUCUCAGUUCACACAAAUGCUACAGGAGCGUGACGUGCUUCUCUCCAACGACGCCUUGACGCCGUGGUGACCAGCAGGCCGCAGCGGUCGGCGUCGAUGUUCAGAACCCCACGCAGACUAGAAUAACGCGCGUGCGGGCUGAGCGUGCUAAUGCACCGGGUGCUGCACGCUGGUGGCUUAACCUCAGCUUUUGCCAAGGGCCGGGGUACAUAGAUUGACACUAGAGAGAGCUGUUGGAAUGCUGUGAAAUUUUACCUCCCUUCCUACCCUGCAAUAAGACUGAGAGGCACUCCUAGCGAUGACUGAGUCCAGCAAUAGGUUGUUAGACAGUACUGCUCUGUCAAACCUUAUAUCUAUUUUAUAUCUACGUUGUUUAAUUUUUUCACCUAUACUUCCUGAAUAGUUGUUGCUGAGAAACGGGCAUGUUUCCUGUCUGGUACAGUUUGAGCUCUGAAAGUUAAAGAGGAAAACAAAUGCCUCGAAACAACAAUAUUGCAUUUCUACUUCCUGAAAGGAUUAUCUAUUAAGGACUUAAAUGAAAGGACUGGUCAGGUUGUUUUCGUAUUUAAUGAAAAAAUUGCUUACAUGCUUCUUAAUGUGAGUGUUCUGGUGUAAGUAUGCCCUUAUCUCCCACAGCGUGAAUUUCUGUGUUGCUAAAGCUGAUCAGAACAAUAUAUAUGCACUUGUGAAAAUGUUCCAAAUAUGCUGUUUGAUAGUCAGGUUUGCUACAAUAUAUGUGGUCAAGGAUGCCCAUUUAUUGAAUUGCUUAAAGAAAUGUAUUGAAGGAAUUUUUGUACUGGAUAUAACAUAUUGUGAACUGUGUUCAGUUUGUAUAUGAGAUUUUUUUGUAUCUUUUUCUGUUUUUGUACAUUUUAGAUUAAGUUAGCUGCUACAAUGCCUGCAGUUGUUUUCCCUAUUUGGGAGAAUGAAAAAAUUAUUUUAUUUUUUUUUAAUGUAUGAUUUUACCAUGUUAAUGAAGGAUUACUUGCAUUUUCAUUGCACACAAUGCUGCCUAGUUGCCACUAGAUGUCAGCAUUGAAAACAACACGGAUUCCUUACUUAAUUCAACAGCCGAUCCGAAGAGAACAAUUACGCCCAUCCACCUUAACUUGUACGUAAAAUAAUUGUUUCCACGGUCUUAUCUGAGAAAUAUUUGGGGUAAUUGUUUAACUUAUAUAAUAUUAUAUAUGAAUUUAUUACUAUUCAGCUUCAUUAAAUACUAUGUAUUGCCUUUUCACACAGUUUGCUCUCUACAAAGCAUUGAUCUCGGACUGUGUACUGAAAAAACCAUAGGCACUUGGCUGGUGUCUGAUGUAGCCAUCAGAACCCAUUUGCACCCCAGAUGUGAGGACUAUUUCACGAAUGCGGUUUCCCAAUAAUUGUCCAACGACUGGGACAAUCCGGUUUCUUACAGGUCACCAAUCAAAAUACAUGGCGUUUCGGACGGUCCAGCGGCCCCGCACACAGAGCUUAAGUAGCUUUUGUCGUUCGCUUAAACGCGGAGGCCGUCCGGGCGGAGCAGAGAUUAUCGCUGCCCGUUGAAGCGCUUCUGCUUUCACUCAGACGAGAGGCGCAAGAAUUGGUUUUCUAAGCUCCGCUCCGGUAAUCUGUUCACUUUCCUCUUCCCAGGAGAUGAACUCUGACAACAGGGAUUUGACAGCUUCUAUAUAUAUGAGGAACAUCCUCGCUGCAGACCACCUCUGCUCUAAUCAUCCUGUGAUCUCUAACCCCCGCAAAUGCCUGUUCUGUCACCGCGCUGCAUUGCUGCAGAUGCAGCCGCUCGCUGGUUAACUCUGUAGACGGACGAAAUCCACGUUUGGGGUGAGGGGGGUGAGGGGGGUGCAGCGUGUAACGUCUUGCACACCAGUAUUGAGGUGGGUGGUGGGUGGGGGGAGAAAGACCCAUUUUUGCUUCUGAUUGGAUUAAUUAUUUUGUCAGUGUUUACAUCAAUCGAAGCCUUGUCCCUGUUUCACUAAAGCCAUAUUUAGUCCGUAAGUCUGCAUUGUUCCUGUAUAAAAAAGCCUAUCCCAAUCAAUAGUUCCUCUGAUAUAUUGAACAGUGUAUUGAUAAUAUGUGCUCUUCCCUGAAGCCAAAGAUGUGUCUCUGCUCAUGGAGUUCAGAUACCAUGGAAACCUGCCAUGGCGACCUUAUGUGUUGCUGUGCAGUCCGAGUUUAUCACCUAUUGCUGUAUCAUAAUAAACUGUGAAUAUGUACAAAUCACACAAUAAAAUGUAUAUUGCUUUUUUUGUAAA